UCGACGACGGUGACCGAAGCGUCCUCAACAUGCCGUCCCUCGCUGUCCAGGAGUCUCUCUCUCCCAACGUCUCGUGGGAAGCGGACGAGAAGCCACUCAACUCGGACGCUUUUGGUCACCUUGAGCUGCAGACGGACGGAGGAGAUCUCGAUGACGCUCAGUCCGAAGACCCGACAAGUGGUUGCGACAAGACUAUCUUUUCUGAAGACUGCAAGAACUACCAGGAGGUUUUUAGAUUCUCCAAGGACCACAAGGAGCUUUUUGGAGACUUCGAGGACUCCAAGCAAGCUUCUGGACUGAGUCAGCAAGCGGCCAGCAAAUCUGCAACAUUCAAAUGUGACGUGAACGGUGGACAUACUGAGGCGAUGAACGACGGAACCGCCAUCAAGAAAAGGGGAACUGACGUGAAAUGGAUCCAUGAAGAAGGAAAAUGUUCGAAGGAGAAGGACAGGAGACUGGAUGCCCCCAAAGAUCGGAAGAAAGCAAAGGAUGAAGGUAGUCAGGUGCUGGAACAUGAGGCGCUGGACCGCGGCUGGGCGUGGCUGGUGCUGUUCGGCUCCUUCGUCGUCGGGGCUGUGAUGGGUCUCCUCAUUCCUUGCUAUGGGAUCUUGUUUUUUGACUUGCUCACGAGCUUCAACGCGUCCUCUACGGUGACCUCAGCGAUAUUCAUCGUAGGAGUCUUCGUUGUCACCUGCGCCAACAUGGUGGCGGGGCCGCUGACGGAGCAGUUUGGGUGGCGAUGCGUGGCUGUGGGCGGCGGGGUCCUUGCCUUCGUCGGCAUGGCAGCCUCCGCCUUCACCCCCUCCCCCUACUUCCUUUUCUUCUCUUACUCCAUUCUCUCAGCUCUCGGCCAAGGACACUGCGUUUUCGUGUCAUACGCAGUCAUGCCACACUACUUCAAGCGACGAAUCGGCAUGGCUAACGCACUCAUGGCGUCGGGAGUUUGCAUCGGCGGCAUAGUCGGGCCUCCAGUGGUAACCUUCCUGCAGGAGCAAUACGGCUUCAAGGGCGCCACUCUCAUCGUGGCGGCGUUUGCACUCAACUUUUGCCUUGCUGGUGCCUUGUUCCGCCCGCUGCAGAGACCCAGUAACGUGAAUAAGACCACAGAGAGCACGGACAAGGAAGCCAAGGACAAGGAGAUCAAGCACAAAGCGAUCAGGACAGGGACACGAAUAACAGUGAGGACCAGGAG